AUUUUUUUAGUUUGAACUUUGAACGAAAAGCCAACACACAAAGUUAUAUAUAUAUAUAUAUAUAUAUAUAUAAAUUAAUAAAAAUGCAUCGUUCGGGACGUUGAAGCAAAAAACACGACGACGAAGAAUUUCGGGUAUUGAUUACUUCAUGUUACUUAAGAUUGCUGAAUUUUUAGGGCAUAAUCGAAUCAACAAAUAGGCUAAGAGGGUACUAAAUAAUUUUGAAGUAUAUCAUAUCCUAUUCCUGUACAUGUAUGCAAAGCAAUUCGUUAAUAACUAAUACCAAAAAAAAUAUUAACUGACAUCAUAUAUGAUGUAUAUAGUUGAGAUAUUUGGAAGAUCCUUUUUUCAUAAUAUAUUUCAUUGUCUACUCCACGAGACAAGUUUGAAAUUAAGAAUACCAUGGAAAGAGAAUCUAAUAUUGUGAAGCUGUGCUUCACAGAAAACAAGAUAAAGAAAAGAAAAGAAAACAUGUCUAACUUUAAUCUUUGAAUGCAUAUUCAGUCAUGUCAUGACCCAUCCAUCAUCUUUCUUCGAAUCUCCUAUCUCACUGAACAUGUUUAAUUUGGAGUGGCCCUUUGUAUGUAAUAACUAUGCUUAUGAUCUCAUAUAUAUCUCUCCACUAGCCUUAUUUGAUUUUUGGCAUAGUCAGUUUUUUGUUUUAAUCCUUAAAAAAACCGUGGUAAUAGGAUGAUUAAAGGAGCAUCAGAUGGCAAUUUUUUGGGGUUUUGGGGACUAGUCAAUGAUCUCCCGAUUAUUAAAAACAAAACAUUUGCCAGUAGAGUUUGGAUAUCAAAACUUGCAUAAUCAAGAAAUAGGAGCAUGCAUGGUUGUUAUAGCAAAUUUCGUUUAACAAAUUAUACAUUUAAGAAUAGAGGAGUAAUUUAUAAUAAUUUAAAAUGCUGCAAAUUGCAAAAAAUAUUGGAAGACCAUGCAUGUGUUAAGAUUCGGGGGCUAGGUGUAGGGUUUAUGUUUGCGUAGAUCUAAUAACGUGUGUGUUUAUGUACGGCCAUUUGCAAAAAUGAGAAAACAUUUAUUCUCAUUUUCUUAACAAAUUCUUUUUUUUAAUGAAAAAAGAUGAGACAAGAGCAUUGGCAGCUGGGGAUAAUUGGUAUGGCUUGAAUUAGAUAACUAAUAUAUUCGGCUUUGCUCCAUUUUUUUACAACGAAUAAUGGUUAUUCUAUUAGUAAAUAAUUUAAAAUAGUUUUGGUAUUGGUAAGCAAACUGAAAUAGAACAAAUAAUAAAAUAAAACUCUUUCUAUCUAGCAGUGCUCUAUAAAAAGUCACCGUUCUACGUAUGUUUUUCUUGUAACAUUAAUUUAGACAAAGUUUAAUUUUCAUGUUAUAGAUUUUUACGGUAAAUUUUUCAUUGAUUUCAAAUUAAGGUUAUAGUUGCACCAUGUCCAUCCCAUUAAUUGAUAAAAUCAUGUGAAACAUAACCUUGUAAAAAAAACAUAAUCUAUACGGUGAAUUCAUUAUCUUGAAAUUUAUAAUAUGUUAUCAAUAAGUAACACUGUAACAGAUAUAUAAAAGGGAUUGAUAAACUAAGCAGAAAACCAAUCCAAAAGAAAGAUACAAGGUGGAUGAAUUUAGAAAGAAAAGCAAAAGAAACAUGAAAAUAAAUAGAAACAGUUAAAACAUAAAAAGGAAGAAUGAGCUGGUAAAAAUCAAGUAUUAAGGUUUGUUACAAAAAAAAAACAAGUAUUAAGGUAAGAAAGUUCAUGAAUAAAGAGGCUUUGACAGCAUGAAAAGAGAAUGUAAGAAGUUAUCAACAAAGAAGAGUUUCACUAAUUAACUGUAAGUCUGGUGUCUUGUGUUAGGCUCGGCAAGCCCGAACCCAACAACUUGUAACAUCCCACACAAACUCAUCUCUAUAUAUAGACACUUCUCUUUGGCUAAAACUUGGUGCAAUACACACACACACACACACACACACACUCAUAAUCCCUCCCAAACAACCCCAAAACUAACAAUAACUUGUUCUCUCAUGGCAUCAUCUGAUCCUCAGUUCUACACCGAUUUCACAUGUUCCGGCGAGACUUCUUCUCAGUUUCACGGCUCUUCUUCAUGUCCUGACAUCUCAGCUCUAUCCAACUACGUCGGCGAUGGUUUCAAUUCCUUCAACACAUCUUCUAACCAAGAAUCCACAUUUUUACCCCAAGUUUUGGGGAUUUCUGACGUUUUUGUGCCGAGGUACAUCAACUACUACCAGAAAAGGGGUGUGAAUAAUGCCACACAAUAUUUUCAUGGUGGAGACCAAGAAUACUACGGCUAUUCACCGGAGAUCAAGCCCUUGUUCUAUCAGUCCACUGGAGAGCAAUCUUGGGGAAAUAGUGAAGGAGUGAUACAAGCUGAGCCGAACACAAAAGUGGGACGCUAUUCGGUUGAAGAACGUAAAGACAGAAUCAUGAGGUACUUGAAGAAGAAGAACCAACGCAACUUCAAUAAGACCAUCAAGUAUGUGUGUCGUAAAACCCUAGCUGACCGGCGUGUUCGUGUUCGAGGACGAUUUGCCAGGAACAAUGACACAUGUGAACAACAAUCUCACGAUCACAACCAUUCUGAAAAAGACGAAAAUAUGUUUUCUGGAUCAGACGACUAUCUAAUCCAGAUGAAAAACGACGAUGGUUGGCUUCACGAAGCAAUGUGUAAUCUGAUUUAUUUUCCUUGUGAACUGGACCCUCCUAGUGAUGCUCAUCAUCCAAACAUAUGGAGCUGAUUAGUUUAGUUUAAUUAUAAGAAGCUUAAUUACUACUUUAUGAUAAAUUUGUUAUUAUAAUGUACUUAACUAUUCACGGGGUUAUAAUGAGCAUGAAGAUUCUUUUUUUUUUUUUUUUUUUUUUUUGCCUAGUAAAUAUAUGAAAGAACUUCAUUUGAACAUCAUAGUGUCUUUGACGUGAGAGUAACUCAGCCAAUCUGAAUACAAGAGCAAGUUAUUCCUGUUUGUAUACAUUUUAUCUUUUUUUAUAUAGAAACUAAAGCUUUACUUUAUCGAAAAAGAUAAUUCUUUAAGGGAGGGUUAAAAAGAUUGUUGAUAUUAUUUAUGGCAAACAACACCUUUUAGGAUUCGAAUAAAUCGGUGAGUCGACAAAAGAUUAACUAACUAGUAGAAUUAAGGAACCAAUGUUUAUUAAAGAAUAUAUGAUGCAUGUAAAUUUUAAUCAUAAGACGAAUGACUUAGCGUAACAUUAUACAUGAACGGAUAUAUGAAGAAUAAUGCCGAUUAAUUGGUCGUAACAACAAAACACAGGCACAUGAUAAGGUGUAGAGAAUAUUGUCUACAAAUUCUUGCAGUGGUAGGUGGGCUAGAGAAUAUUGUCUACAAAUUAAAUCAAGAUUGAUAGGGUGUACUAAUGCAAUGUAAAUAUAGAGUGUGGAGAGGGGAGACAUGAUACGGAACCAAGUUCCAAUCACUUUUUAAGACAUAUAAUUCUUGAGACGAACACAUAUAAUAAGACUUUUAAAAUCUGUAAAUUAUAUUCUCUGAACUUGUCCCCUUUAUUUUCUGCUUUGACGAAUAUUUGUGAAGUUGAAGGAUGAGCUUACUUUUUUUUCUUUCUUUUCCAGUUUCUCAAUACACUUCUAAAUUCUAAUGAAAAUUGUAUGAAUAUUUUGUACCUAAUUAGCAACAAAACUGGUAUGUGUAUAUUUUUACUUUAUUCAGUUCAUUGUUGAUCCAACAUUUUAUUACUAUAAUGUUUAAAGUGUAUAAAAUCGACUUGAAAAUCAUAAGUCGAAUAUACGAUAUGUAGAAGUAGAAUGAUUAUCAUAUUUUCUACUCAUAUUGGUAUCAGAUUUUAAUAUUUAUACUAGAUUUUGACCCGCCCUCUUAAAGGGCGGGUAUAUUUUUAAUUUUAAUUUUGAAGAACGAAUAACCUUUUUAAUUUAAUUUUUGUUUCGAGGAAUUAUUUUUUAUUCGAACCCAAAAAAUUCAACUUGGAAUCGACUCAAAAUCAAAAUCUCAUACUCUAUUAGUUCUAGCUUAUAUACUCGAACAGUUCUUAAAGUGUAACAAUAUCUGAAAACCAAUAUCAAUAUCAACUUGCACUGAAAACUUAACAAAAUUCUUAAAAAAUGUUGGAAAAUUAUUUUUUUAAUAAAUUCUGUUAUACAUAUAUAUAUAUAUAUAUUUAUAUAUAUGUAAAUGUGUUAAUAUGUUCUUCACUAAAUUUAAGUAAUUUCACAUUUAACAAAUAUUUUUAAUGGAAUAACCUAUUUAACCCGUUAAACUAAAACUCGUAGAAUAUAUUAAAAUAAACAAUACUCCCAUAAUAAUAUCAAAUACACAUUAAAAAUAUACUCAGAAUUUAAAUUAUAUUAGAACUGUAAAAUUUAAAAUAUAUUAUUUAUUUAUUUAGAAGUGUAUUAAAUUAUAGAUACUGUAUUAUUUAUUUUGCAUACACCAUACAUUAAAUAUUACAAAUUGAGAAGCAAAAUAAGUUUUUAUAAAUGUUAACCCUAAUUCUAUUAUAACUGUAAAAUUUAAAAUAUUGGGCUUAUUUGCCAAAUAACCAAAAAAAAAUGAAAAUUAGAUUUUGAGAGAGAGAGUAGAGAGAGAUAGGAAGAGAAAGUAGGAGAGAGGGGAAAAUUUUGGUUAGUUAGUGUAUUUAAGUUUUUUUCAUGUAUAUAGGAUGCAAUUUCCCUAAAAUAUUCAAUCAUAAGUUUGUGUGUAAAAUCUGAAACCUUGUUUAAUGAUGAUAGAUAUUUAGUUUUUAAGUUUUUAUUUAUUUUUAUAUGAAUAUGUUUAUGUUGAUGUAAAAAAAUAUUUUUUUCAUUGGUUCUAACCCGUGUCAAACCACAUAAUCAUAAUUUAAAACUAAAACUUGGGCCAAAAUGUGAGAUUUUUAAUUUCAUGAAAUCAGUAUCGAAAGGGAUUAGUUACACCUGAUUUUAUAUAUUUCACAUCAUAAACUUGUAAUUCUAAAUAUGUGAUCUAUACAAUAUUCAAAAUAUAAGUUUUAAACUUUUAAUAUUUUUAAUACAUUGGCAAUUAGUUGUUUUAAUUUUUUCAUCUUUCAUCUUAAGAUUUUUUUACUAUAUGUAUCUUAGAAGCUUAAAAUGUAAUGUAAAUUUUGAAAAUAAUACAUUAAAUAAAAUAUUUGUAUGAUUUUUUUUAUCUUAUUAUAUUAAUGGUAAUUACUAUUGUCAAGUAAAAAAUAUAUUUGUUUUCUAAAGUACAUAUAAAUUACUAUGAUCCAUCUAUACUAUUAAUUUAAAUUGUAUGUAAUUUUUAAUAUUAAAUAAAGUAUUCACUACUAUGAUUCAGAUAAAUGUUUUCGUUUCAAAAAAAAUGUAAUCAAUUCUAUUAUAAAUAAUUUAUACUUUUAAUAGUUUAUUAUUUCAUCUUUUUUUUUUAAUUUGCUAUGUAAUUGUAACUGUGCUAAAUUUAAUGGGUAAGAUUUUAAUGUGUUAGAUUUUCAUGGUCAAUAAAAAUAGUAAAUGAGAUAUAAUUUUAAUCAACAAUUUUUAUGCAAAGCCCGUAAGAACUCUAAAUACAUAGUUUUCCAAACCCAACGUUAGAAACAAAGCAACCGCACAUACAAUUUUGUUUCUAAUUUCAGACAAUAUUUCUGUCUAAAAAACAAAAAACAAAUAUCUCAAAUGGCGAUUGGGAAAGGUAUAUUUUGUUAAUCUUGAUUUUCUUCGGCGAAACUCUUCCCCGGUAAAUAUUUUGAUCUUCAUUCUUCAUCCUUCAUAGAUAGUUGAAGCUAUACAUAUUUCUGAAACAAUUUAUUGAUUUGUCAGAUGGCUUUGAUGUUAUGAAUCAAAAGAAAUCGAAGUGAUCUGAAACAUUCAAAAGUAGAUCCUCGUGAAAUCGUCUGAUUUGAUGGCUUACCUGCAAAAAAAAUGGAGAUCUAACAUAAAAGCACUUCAACAGAUUCGUUAAG